ACAAGAGUAUUGCUGAUUUCAGGAAGGACUCCAAGUGUUCUCCGGAUGGCUGACAAGCACACAGAAGGAGACUGCAGGAAUGACUUAAAUGAUUCUUCACCGGGUCUUAAAGUUCACACAGCUGAGGGUUCGACCGAAGAGGAGACAGAGGACCAAAACCUGUGGCCGAGGCUGCUGGCUCGAAAAUGGAACCUGAUGCUGUUCAUAGGCACAUGCCUCCUCUACUGUGCCAGGAUGGCCAUGCCGAUCUGUGCCGUGUCAAUGGCAACCUCUUUCCACUGGAGCAAGAUCGAUUCUGGGCUGGUUCUGGGUGGAUUCUUCUGGGGUUACUGUUUAACACAGAUCCUGGGCGGACUCACAAGUGACAAGAUGGGAGGAGAGCGUGUCCUGUUUAUCUCUGCAGUCUCGUGGGCUGUCAUCACAGCUGCUACUCCCCUUGUGGCCCACUUAGGUUCUCACACCGUUGCUCUCAUGACUAUGACCAGAUUUCUCCUGGGGCUACUGCAAGGUGUUUUUUUCCCGUCUUUGGCCAGCCUUUGCUCACAGCGUGUGUUGGAAGCAGAGAGGGGCUUCUUAAUGAGCACCAUGAAUUGCGGUGUCAAUCUUGGAACAUUGCUCGCGGGUGGGAUGGGGUCCCUGAUGCUGGACCGGUACGGCUGGGAGAGCAUGUUCUACUGUAUUGGUGUCCUUUCCGGACUCUGGGCACUCAUUGUUUGGCUGUACUUAUUAGAAGAAGUUGCCUCCAAGCAGACGGAAACAAGUAAUGACACACAAUGGAAUGUGUCAAGUACACGUUGGCGGAGUCUUUCUAAGAAGUCACCUGUCUGGGCCAUGGUGUUUACUCACAUGUGCAUGUCCAGCACUUUCUACACGCUAUUGUCAUGGUUGCCAACAUAUUUCAAAGAAUCCUUUCCACACGCUAUGGGAUCUGUGUAUAAUGUAAUUCCAUGGCUUGUUGCAAUUCCAUCAUCAUUCGCUGGAGGAUACAUGUCAAGUUUCCUCAUCCACCAAGGAUAUAGUGUAGUGUCGGUGAGGAAGAUAAUGCAGUUCAUUUCCAUGGGCAUAUCGAGUGUUUUUAUUUUGCUUCUGUCCGGAGCCAUCCCGUUUACCUCUGCUGUGACUUUCGUUUCCGCAGCAAUUGGCCUAUCCACCUUCAGCAGCAGUGGCGUGUCUGUGAAUGUACAAGACCUCUGUCCAUCGUGUGCUGGCGCCAUCUAUGGUUUUAUGAAUAUGUUGGGUGCUUUCAUGGGACUGGUGUUGGUCUCUGUGUCGGGUUACCUGAUCGAGGUCACGAUGUCGUGGGCGUCAGUGUUCUCGCUCAUCACUUUAGUGAACGCCACAGGCCUCGGGAUCUUCCUCAUCUUUGGUGAAGCUCGUCGUGUCGACCUGGGGGAUUACACACCGGUGGUUUGAUUUGACCCGGUCGGCACACCUACAUUCUGGACGCUAACAUUUUGAAACUAAAUGUGAGUGAAUUGGUCAAAUCGGACUGCAUGCAGAAAUGAAAGCUGCUGGGGACGGUUACAUUUAUAAACAUGUUAAGAGAUGAAUUAUAGCCAGACGUUACUUGAGAUUUACAACAUACAGGUUGAUUUUGCUUCAAGGAAUAAGAACAAACGUGACCCCACGAAAAGGCCACAAUUUUAUAUCUUUCAUAAUUGAUCAACAUCUAAAUUUCCUGGCUACUGUAUUUUUAAUGCAAGUUGGAAGUUAUGGUCAAUGUUCAAAUCUACCAGAACUAGUACAAUGAAUGAGCAAGGUGACAACAAAGACUUGUGUCAAGUCUGUUUAAAGAGGACUUCACUGAACAUAUUUAAAUACAGUUAUGUUAUUAUAGAUAUUUAUACAACUGUACAAUUUAAUUUAGAACAUGUCCAUUUCUGUGCUAUUGUACCGUUUUUGUACUUUUGAGCAAAUAUUAGUGUUUGUGAUGGGUUAAAAUGUGAAUUUCCGUGUCCAUCUG